AACAAACAAGUGCAUUACAUAUGAUUAAUUUACAUGAAAACGUUGUGUUGUUUAAUUGAAAAAGACAUAAAGAAUGUUGGAGUCAUAUAUUGCUCCUUUAUUUAUGGGUUAUGUCAACAAGUAUAUCAAGAAUUUACGGCCAGAAGAUCUGAGUUUAUCAUUUUGGGGUGGGGAUGUUGUUUUAAAUAAUUUGGAAUUAAAUCUAGAUGUUCUGCAACAGGAGUUGAAUCUACCUGUUACGUUUUUAAGUGGAAAAAUAUAUAAACUUCAGCUUCAUGUACCUUGGACACAGUUAAUUUAUGAACCUAUUGUGGUUACUAUUGACACAAUGGAAUUCAUCAUCCGCUUGAAAGAUGUUGGUGAAGCUUUAUCCUCUAGCCAUUCACAUUCCAACAAAAGUUCCAAUCAACCAGAUUCUUUUUCAUCAGCAAAACUUCAGUCUGUUCAGUCGGAACAAUACACUCCUGGUUAUGUCCAAGGGAUUCUUAAUAAAGUAGUAAACAACAUAUCUUUCAAAAUCAACAAUGUCAUUGUCAAAUAUGUUGAGGAGGAUCUUGUGUUUUCAGUAAAUAUAAAGUCAGUUGAUCUAUAUAGUGCAGACAAAUUUUGGAAGAAAGCAUUUACAGAGCUUAGUCUUCCAGAACUGUUGUUAAGGAAAGUAGCUAUAGUUACUGAUCUUACAGUGUGUUUGGAUCAAAGAAACCCAAGUGGUAAAAUUGAGUUGUAUCAAGACCCGAUUUUGUACAGAUGUAACCUUCAAUGUCGCAUUUCAUCUCAUUACCCUACCAUUAAUAGUUUGAAUUCUAUACAUAACAUAAUAAAUAUAUUUUGUGAAAGUGUUGACCUAUCAUUGACAGAUCAACAAUUGCCUAUGGUUUUGCGGCUUAUCAAUUUAAUAAUAGGUCUUUAUUAUGGAAAGCUUGAUUUACCUGGUUGUCCAGAUAAAAUCCAUACCGCCCCAGAAAUUAUUAAAAUGAGUAAAUUAAAAAGUAAAGUUUUAUCUGUAGUGCCUUCCACCGAAAGUAGUUCAAGUUGGACAACUUGGGCACUGUCCAUGGUGCCAGGAAUCAGUGAAGCUUCUACAGAUCAAAAUGUGAAUUAUUCAUUUGAAAAAGAAAUUGUAGUCUUUAUUACUAAUAUGACAAUCACCAUGAAAAAAACCAGUCAGUCGCCAAAGAACAUUAUUACAAGUCAACGACUGGAGUUUACUCCUGUUGUUUGUAUUGAGCUUUCAGGUUGUAAGUUGUUUGUGAAAAUUAUUGAUGAAACUUGUUUUGAUGUUCAACUUCAUAUAGAUAACAUUAUUGGUUACCUACUGAGAAAGAGGUGUCUUUGUCAAAUUAAAACUGAUAAUGAAAUGCAAGAUGAUGAGCCUCUUUCACAGGAUGAAGUAUUUUUGAAGUUAGGCUCCUUUCAACAUAAAAGAAACCCGUUUAUGUGCCUUAAGGAAUCACUUUUUUCAUCUUUAGUUGAUGCUGAUAAUGUCAAAUCCAAUAUAAUCAAUGAUACUAGUGAAUCAACUACACAAGUAUCUACAAAUGAAUUAUCUAAUGAUGCUUUAAAAAGUUCUGAAAACUCAGAUUCAAAAUCUAAUUUUCAACAAGAAGAAAGAGAGAAUCUUGCUAUUUUCUUUAGUUAUUUUUAUGAAAUGAAGCUACCAAAAUUUGAAAAUGAUUCUUUAGAUAACAUAUUUCUUUAUCCUGAAACAGAUGAGAUUCUUAAUGAAGUUUCGGAGAAGACAUUGACAUUCGGACAAAGUCAGAUUUUUUGCUCCACUAAAGUUAUACAUUUAUUGUUGUGGCUGACAGAUAUUGUGUCUAUUCCAAUUCCACCUCGAAGAGAAAAAAAAGGGAUUUUUUUAGAUCCAUUUGUUUUGAAACAACUACAGCUUGGUAAUUUUUUAACUAGAAGUUUUACAAUGACUGUUUUUGGUACUGAUAUAUUUCUUUUAAAUAACGAUCAGAAUUGUACAAAGCAAGAUGUAGAUAAUAAACAGGAAUGUGUGUCAUUACUUUUCUCUCUAGGAGUUUGUAAAAUAACUAAAACAGAUCCCAUGUAUCCUUCAGAGUUGGAAUCUAUGACUCUUAGUAAAAAUCUUUAUAAUAUUAAGAAUCAAUCAUGCUUAAGUUCUGUUAUGAAUAUUAGUGUUACAAUUAACCAAGUGUGUUUUUGCGUAUUAAAUGAAGAUUUUCUUGAUGUAUGCCAUUCAACAAGUAUCAUUAGUCAAACAAUCUUGGAAAUUGAUAUCCAAAAGUCUCUACCUGAAGUGCAUCAUAAUACCUCUUCAAGUAUUUUAAAAGCCUCUUUUUUAUGUCAAAAUAUCAAUCUUUCCUUUACUAAAUUUCAGAUUAUUCUUUUUUCAAAAAUAGUUUUAUCCUGGUUUGUGCAAACAAAAAGCAAUUUAAAAGAACUAUCUGAAACUGUGUUUAGCCCAGAUAAACAAACAACCAUGAAUGUUGUACUCGAAAGAAUACAUGCAAAUUAUAUUGACACAAUUGAUGUUCAUGCUAUUAAAUGUUCAGUGGGCAAGGCUAAUGCAACUGUUGUCAAUUUUAUAGAUAACAUUGCAAGAGAAAAUAUUUUUCAUACAAUCUUUGAAGCUCCUUGCAAUUCAUCAUUUUCAUCAGAACAAAAUUUUUGGUUUGAAAAAAGUUGUGAUGGCAUUGUUUUAAAUGAGUUUAUUGAUAUAUUAAUUCAAUGCAACAAAAAAACAACAAAAUUAAAAAACACUGUACAAUUACUUUCUUUGAAUGUCUCUGGGUGUUGCUUUAACUUUGACAGGAGUUUGCAUCAGUGGUUACUAGAUGAGACAGUGACUCCCAACAAAAAACAAAAAACUUUUUUAAACAAAAAUAGUAAAUCUUUAAAUAGAUCAAUAGACUAUGGAACAACAAGUAGAUCAGGGAAUCAAAAAAGGACCAAGUCUUAUGCACGCAUAAUAGGAGUUUCAAGUGCAUCAUCACAUAAGUCUAAAGACAAAGAAUUAAAUUUUGAACCAGAUGCUGGAAACGGGUUUGACCUGGCAUUUGGAGAUUGGCUGGCUCUUAAAAUUGAUUAUUUUAAAUCAUUCCAUAUUAAGAUUAAAAUUAAUCCAGUUGUGUUAAUGUUUCCCGAGGGACAGUUAUCACAUGAAAGUCUUAAGCAUAAUACUAAUAUUUUAAAUAAGUUUAAAGAAAUGUAUAAUAGUAAAGAUGCAUUUCCAUCCACACUAGUAGUAUGUUUUCCAAAAUUAGAAGUUACUAGUUCAUCACUCAAUAAAGAGAUUUUUGAAAAUAAAUUGCCAAUUAUAGCAAAUAAUGUACAAAAAGAAACUCUGCCUUGGAAUGUUACUAGUUCUAAUUUUGCUAUACUGACACUAAUGAAAGAAUCAGAAAAUUUUAGUAAUGAUCAAAUUAAAAAGUAUGGAUUCUACUUAUGCAAACCAGUGUCUUGGAACCUUUAUCUUGCUGCUUCUCCUAUCAACAAAGAUUCUGAAGGAAGUUCAACUUUAGGAUCUAUCUUGGAACGAUAUCCUUGGAAAAAGUCUUCAGCUUUCUUUGAUAAACAAUUGGUUUUUGGUAGGCAUGCAAUAGGAUUUGUAAUUCAUAUGGAUUGGUCUAUUUGCGAAUUGAAUUUAUCUCAAGUACAGGUUCCAUUACUUCUAAAAGUAUUUUCAUCUUUAGUGGAAACAUGGAAAUUUCUUACUUCAAAUUCACUACAUUCAUCACAUUUUGAUGUCAAAGAUAACUUAUUGUCUGAGAAAGUAGUAAUUCAAGAUCAGUCAUCAGUCUCAUCUUCAUCAGCUGUUGAUCAUGCUGAAGCUUUAAGUGCUAUGACAUGUUCAACUGUACCUAACUCAAAACUUGUAAAUGAUAUUUCAAUAUCACUAUGGAUUCAAUUAACACUUCCUAAAAUAAAAUUCAGUGUUUGUAGUACUUUAAAAGGAGAAAACUCAUUAUACCAUGUAACAUCUGAAAUCAAUGAGCUGAUGUUUUCUGUUGAUUAUCAAGAUAAUGCUCUUGAAGUGACAACUAAAAUUGGCUCAUUUACAGUGUAUUAUUCAUUAAUGAGAUUUGAUAAGAUUCCAAUAGAGGGCUGGACACUUAUUGAUCAAGGUUACUUGUUAUUUCAAAAAGAAGAUAGCUUAUUUAAAGAUUCCAAGGCUUUUUUAUCAGUUUUAUAUAAAGGCAUUUACCACCAGUUGCUAAAUAUUUCAUCACCCAUCAGUAAAAGUGAAAUGAAUAAACCUCCUCUACAUGUUUUUGGAAGUUCAAUUCAUUCUCCUGAUCUUAUUUUUAAGCAUGAUAUUUCUGUUCAUGUCUUAAAGUUUGAUAUCAUUUGUAAUAUGAAACCAAUCAUUUCAUCGUUAGAUAUUGUUAAAGACAUACUAGUUUCAAAUUUACUAGAAAAGCAUGUUAAAAAUCAAACAGCAACUCCUGCGAGGAAUUCUAUUUUUAAAACCGAUUCCAUAAUUCCUACCCCUAUACUCAACAUCCAUGUUGAUAGCAUUCGUCUUAUUUUUCCUGUUGGUGAUUUUAAAGAAGCAAAGUAUGAAUGCAUAGAUAAAAAGGAAUCGGUUUUCAUUUUUCAUGUUGAUUUGAUUUCUGUAAGUUCAUCUCCAUGCAAUCCCAUUACUAAAACUAUUGUUUGCAAAGACGCAUAUAAAAAAAUUAAAAAACUAUACAGAGAACCUUUAAAGAAUAUUAAAUUGUGGAAUGUGCAAUAUCAAAUUGAUAUAAAAAAUGUUGUUUGUUGUACUACUAACUGGCAUGCUAUAGAACAAAACUUUCUUGAUGAUCAAGCUAGCAAUCAAGUAUAUGGCCAAAAUCCUGCAUUCGAAUGGAACUGUCAUUCAGAAUAUGCAAACACCACUCUCACUCCAAUUUGUUCUAAUCUUGAUUUUAAAGUUACACUUGCUCCACCACUUAGAGCAGCACUGAAAGCAAAUAGCACGUCAACAUGGGUUACUAGCGCUGGUGUUGAUAUUCAUUCUCCUCGAGGAAUAAAGAUGUUUGUUAACACAUCACAGAUGAGUUUAUUACUGCAGAUAAUAAACGACUUCAACUUUGCAUCAUCUGAAAUCAUUAGCAUUCUUACUCAGAAUUUUUCAUUGAAGUCCAAUUGUGAUGAUGGUCUUGAUCAAGUCUCUUUAUGUAGUGAACUUGUCAAUUCUGAAAUAAAAAAUGAUAUUGAGAAACCUUAUGAAUUUCCUCCUGUUGAGCUGUUUGCUUCUGUAUGCGAGAUAUCAUUAAUGACUUACUUAAAACAUUCUGAACAGCCUCUUGUUUUUAUAAUACAUCCAGUCCUUUUGCUAAACUGUGGACUAGUUAAUUGCUGUUUGACAACUAACAAUCUACCUAAAAUUCAAUUCAAUAUUCACUCAUUAAAAGUAUUGACAUCAUCUAACACAAAUGGGAUUCCCACUGAGUUUCCUAUAGUUUCUCAUUAUGAUAGAGAGCUUUUCCAAUGUGGUAAUGGAUAUAUUGACCACUUAACUGGAGUAUUACCUAAUUUAUGUAGCUGUUCUAUUAAACUCAAUGAAGAAAGGAGGUUAGAAAUAAAUAUUGACCUUAAAAAACCUAUUUAUCUUAACAUAACUUUGCAUUACACAGAAAACAUACACAGGUUUGUGGCAGAAGUUUCACGUUUGUUUCAAAGUAAUAGUAAUUUAUCUGACAAAAAGUUAAAUGCAUCUACGCAAAGUUCUGGAUCUUUAUACCAUUUUAUAAAUAAGAUCAAUUUGAAAGCAUCCAUGUUGUCUUUUUCUUAUUCUCCUUUCACAAAAGAUUCCACAGACAACAUUAAGUUGGAGUGUGCUUAUCAGUCCUUUGAGGCUGAAUUGUGUUGUAUAUCAAAUGUUUCUCUAAUCAAGUUAUGUAAUGCCAGAUGUCAGAUUCAAGGUUUAGAAGUUUAUCUGCUAAAAAAUGAUUUAAAGUGUAGUAUUGUAAAUCCAUUUAUUUGUGACUUAAAGAUGGUUGCAGAAUUUGUACCUCACUGUGCAAAUGAGUCUAACCUAAGUUUUUACCCUCGUUUAUCUUUGUGGGCAAAUAUUGGUCUUCUUCAGUUAACAAUAAGUCAACAGUUGUUUGAUAUAUUAGGCAAGUUUGUUUACCAACAAAAUAAAGAUGAAGUUGUUACGAUUGUUAAUAAAGAUAUUGAAUAUUUUGGCUUUGAUUUGACUGAAAGUGAAGAUGAUUUAAGGAAUGGAUUGUUCCACUAUACUUUCUUGUCAGUUGAUGAAACAAGAGAACCUAAUGAAAAUGAAAUUUUGUUCACUCAUGAAAAUAGUUGUGGUUUCCCUACUAUGACAUGGAAGUAUCCUCAGCAAAGAAUUAUAACAGAACUAACCAUUUUACCAGUUCCAUUCCAUCUCUCUUCAAAUCAGGACAGUAAGGUAAAGUGUCAAUUGGAGUAUUACAAUAGUUUAAAGGAAUGCUUUUGUUUGUACUAUACAUUUAAUCUCUCUGAAAAAGAUACUCUUUUUUGUCAAAUCUGCGACCGUACAUCAUUGUUUUCAGUUAACAACAACAUCUCAUCAUUGUGGCGUGUUGUUAUUUGUGAAAGGUUUGAAAAUAAUGGGGUUCCAGCAUCAUCACUUGCGGUGUGUAUGAAAAUCAACUCAGUGUAUUCAUCACUACUAAUUCCAUCAUUGGAAUGCAAAGUUUUAGUUUCAUCUGCAGAAGUUUUAUUUGAAAAUAGCAUGACUUUACUUGGACAAGCAUCACCAACAGAAAUCAAGCCAUUUUUUUUUGAAUCUGAUUCUUUUCCUGCAAACUGUGAAAUGGUUACCCUCCAUCUUACAAAGUUCAAUAUAGAGAGUAUUGUAAAAAAAUCUGCUGUUGUAUUUGAAACGGAAACAUCUGUAUCUAUGCGUGUCAUGGAUUUUGACAGCUUUUGUUGGAUUGAUCUAAUGAGUCCUUCAAUUUGCUCAGUCCGACUGAUAAAGGCAAUUUCUGAAACUUCUGAUCAUACUGAAAAUGCCAUUUGUGCCAGGAUUGGAGCUUUUAAUUUAUAUGUAACACCAAAUGCUAUCAAUACAUUAUCAUUGGUUACUAAAGGAUGGACAGAUGAUAAAUCUUCUGAAGUGUUAAUCCAUAGUCAUUUUCUUAUUUGUAAUGACACACAAGAAGACAUUCAUGUAAAACAGGUAAACACUGAAGAAGAUCUUAUGAUACAUAGCGGUCAAGCUUUGCCAUACAGUUGGUAUAAGCACGAUGAACAAUUAUUGGUGUUUUCUGUUGCUUAUAACGGUCCAAUAGUGUGGUGUGAGCCAGUGACAUUAAAAGAUGACACAGUGGUUCCAAGAUUUAUAAACUAUCCUACUCAUACAGUAGAUUUAAUUGUGGAAAUUAAAAGUAUGCAAAAUAUUAAAAAGCAGAUCACAUUACAUGGUUGCUUUUCAUUAGUCAAUAAAAUGGAUAUUGAUCUUAAUGUUCAAUUGUUAUGCUCAAAAUCAGAAAAGACUGUUGGAACUUUUCAGCCACAGAAUAUUGGAGCCUAUCAACACAAAAUAAGAAAUGCAAGUGAGCGAAAAAAUUUGGUUUCUACAAAUAUAUUUCUCCCAGCAAACAUUGUGCGACCAUCGAUUACAUUGUCUGUCUCCUUAAUAAAAUCGCUGAAAGUUUCUUCUGUUGGUGCAGAUAUAGAAUUAACUAAGGAGCUAGAGUUUCCUUUAGAUUCCAAUGAGUUUCAAACAAUAACGUCGUUAGAUGCUAAUGGUUCUUUGCAUUGCUGGUUAACUGUUUGUCGUGAUGAAAAUAUACCAUCAAUAUAUAUUGUGACAAUCUCACCAAUGUAUGUGUUUCGAAACCAUCUACCAAAUCCAGUUCAUUUAAGAUGUACUCAAGCAAAAUUUGUUGAAGAACUAAUUGUUACUGGACAGGCUAACGAAACUCAAGUAUGCAGUUUAAACCCAGAUGAGCAUUUUGAUUUGUCAUUAGCUUUAUUUGACACAUUAACAUAUUCUAAUCCAGCCCUAAGUCUAAGUCCGUCUCUUUUUAAAAAAUUAAAAUGUAGCAAGUUGUUUUCCGAUUCUACUUUUAAUAUUUACACUUGGCCAUAUGUGAGCAACACCAGUAUUAAUGAAUCAUCACAGACUGAUCCAGUCGGUAGACAAUUUGUAAUAUUCUUGGAAAAGUCUGAAAUUAUUGUACAAGCAAGUUUAUAUUGGCCUCAUUUACCUACUGUUCUUAUUGACAUAAAGCCAUUUUUGCUACUGCAUAACAGUUCUCUAACAGCUAUAGAAAUAGAUUGUGAAGGGGGGACUUUGUACACACUUAAUUGCAAGGAAACUAUAUCUUUGUUUUUCCUUUGUACAAAUAUUAAAAUUGGUUUGAGAACAAAAAAUGAAGAGAUUUUAUGGUCUUCAAAAGUCCAAAUUCUUAAUAAUAUGGAACCUGGUGUUCCUUAUAGCAAACAAAAUUUAAGUUCUGAACUAUUUCAUCAAUGUUCUAUACAUGGUUCCAACUCAAGUUUAUGUUAUCAAUUUAUUGUCUCCUGUCAUCGUCAACAAGGAAUCUAUGUUGUGGAUAUUAAUGAAAGAUUUGUUGUACAUAAUUUUUCAAAGCAUUUGCUGAAAUCUGCACUGAGUAUGUCAGAUAGUUAUGCUGAAGAAAAGUGUUUGAAUAAUGCCGCAAUCAAUAUUUUGCCUCCUAAUUCUACUGUCCCUUGCUCUGUACUUAACAAGGAUUGUAUGAGUAAUCAAGCACCUGGACUUUUCAUUAAUUUCAGAGUAGUAGAGAGCAACGAAAACAUUUCAUUUGAUGCUUUUGGGGAUGCAAGUAAGGUUUUGAUGAGUAAAUUUGUGAUUAUUGCAAGAGAAUCAUUUUGUCUUUCAAAGGAUCAUCUUCGAGAAUCUUUGAUUCUAAAAUGCAGCAGUGAAAAAAUGUAUACUUUUGUUGCCACAUCCAAUCUUGAGAAUGGGGUUAUUCAUAUAUUUGUUGACGAGGAUACAUCACCAGUUGUUUCCAUAAAAAAUAAGUGUGAUGUUGAUUUUUAUUUAAAAGAAUUAAUAGUUGCAGAAAUCAAUAAAAAAAAUUAUCAAGUACUUUGUUCUAACUCAAACAAGUUUUUAUGUUUAAGCAAAAAUUCUUCAGUUGCUUUUCAACCUAAAGUUUUUAAAGAAGGGUUUCCAAAAGCUAAUAAUAAAAUUGAGUUGGCUUGCCAACUAGCUAUAUUAAGAGAGUCUUGUCUGGAGUUAAGUCAGCCGAUAAUCCUUGAAAAUCAUUCAAAAGUAAAAAUUUUUGUUCCUAAUUAUAAAGAAGUCUACAUAUGCGCUGAGGUUGUGAGCUCUCAACUUUGUAUUGAAAUGCAGGAUUGUGAAUUUCACCUAAAUCUUUGCAAUUCUUUACCAGUUCCAAAUUUAAAUAUUUCCUUUGAACUAGUUAACCUAAUAGUUAUAGAUCAAAUAGAAAGUAAGAUGCAAAGUAUAUUAUCUGCAUCCAUCUCUGAGAUAAAGUUUAUCCACAGUGUUGACAAAAAUAAAUCGUUGUUCAAAUUGUGCAUUGGGUACAUGCAAGUUGACAAUCAGUUAAAAGACUUUUGCUACCAUUUUCCAGUUGUUUUUUUACCGAUGCGUGAGCUUAAUAAACGCUAUCAUUCCCCUGUUGCAAAUGCUCCAUUUCCUGAUAUUGAAGCUUCACUGGAUAUGGAUUUUAUCACGCUUACAUUUGAAGUAAAUCAGUUGUUAUUAAAUGAGAAUAUUUAUUUAGAUCAUGUUAAAUUAAUUAUGCAACCAUGUGAAAUGUAUCUUGAAGAUACUUUUAUAUAUAGACUGGUUGGGACUUUUAGUCAUUUUUUACCUGUCACAAGGAAAGGUGAUUCUACUCCAGUAAAAAAUGCUACUGUUGUAUCAGUUCUUCAUCCACUGCAUUUGUGCAAUAUUGAAAUAGAUGAACUUUCAAUUCUUAUCAGUGUUCAUGCUUCUGUGAAAGUUUUUUUAUCUUCCAAUCAUAUGCCUGUGGUUCUUGGUAGUUUUAGAUGUUUUCCUACUCAAACAAUAUUUAAAGAAUUUGUUAGAACUUUGCUAUAUCAUUAUGCAACACAAGCACUGGUGCGAGCAGGUUGGAUGUUAGGAUCCUUAGAAAUUAUAGGUAAUCCAACAGGUCUGUUACAAAACCUUGGUAGAGGUAUUUCUAACUUUUUUGUAUUACCAUAUAAUGGGUUAAAAGAAGGACCUGCUUCAUUUGUUUCUGGUAUAAGUCAAGGCACUUCGGCAUUUCUCACUCACAUAUCAACAGGCACUCUUACUUCUAUAAAUAGCUUUGCUUCCAGUAUGUCAAGAAAUAUGGAUAGAUUGUGCUUUGAUGAAAGUCACCUCCUCAUGCAGGAAGAAAGAAGAGCUCAAUCAAUAAGGAAAAACAGCAGUUUUAAAAAUGCAUUUGAAGGAUUUGGUAUGAGUCUUUUAGGUGCAAUAGCAGGUAUUGUAGAUCAUCCAAUGCAGAAUGUAACAAACGCAAACAAUACUUCUGAAGCUGUUUCUGGUAUAAUGUUCGGUUUUGCAAAAGGCAUAGUUGGGGCUAUAACAAAACCAAUUGGUGGUGCUAUGGAGCUCAUUUCGCAAGCUAGUCAGCAAAUUUUACAAGGAGCAGGGUUAGUCAGAACACCUGAAAAGAUAUUCAACCAAGAUAUUGAAAAUUUUAACAAAUAUGAAAGCAGAAUGAAGUUUUUGUGGCAAAUACUGCAUAUUGAAUGUCUUGGAAACGUAUUGGUUGUUUCUAAUGUCCAUAUUUCUGAAAAAAAUGCAAAAUUUACUUUAAUUUUAACUAAAGCAGUUCUUUUUGUAUUCGAUACAAAAUCUGGUAGUGUUAAUUCUGCGUUUCCAAUAAAAGAAAUAAAACUAGGAUGUUGCAAAGUGACAGAAUCAUAUCACCGUCUUCAAGUUCGCAAAAAAAGAGAUGAGAACCAUUCACUCACGUCAGGUUCAUUAGACGAAAACCCAAAUUUCCGUCAAUUUUUUCAGAGUUUUCGAAGCGCUUCUGCUUCCAGUCAGGUCGAAGCUCUUUGUGAAUCUAAUGUAAGCAAUGCAGAAUUGACGUUUGAUAUAGAACCUGAUAUUGCAAAUCUGCUUCUAAUCUCAUUUCAGGCAAAUAAGAACGUUUUGGAGGAAGCUGCAUCCCCUGUCGAUAUUGUAGACUUGUAAAAAAAAAAUUACAUUUAAACUUCGAAA